GCCAUUUCAUGUCCACAUUAGGUGAUUGUGCUCUUUUUCUAAGUAUAUAGCUCAAGCAUUUAGGCUUUAUUCUGCUACAACUGACUGUUAUAUUUUCCGUCGAGGGAACACUGCCGUGUCAUAUAAUCCAUCCAUAUUGUUUACCCCAGGUUUCUUGAUAAAACCCCGCGAAAGGAUAUCUUGCCUACCUUACCUUCACAAUGUUCGCCCGUGUUUCCCGUAGCCUUCUCCGCCAAGGCCCAUUGUCUCUUGCGUCGGCCUCCCAGGCGGCUCGCAUUGGCUCUCGCGCAAACAGCACAUUAUCCAUCGAGGUCCGCGGUUCCGGUACGGGUCUUGCUCAGACCAUCGCCUCGCCACCAUACACGAUUGUAACCGAUACCUACAAGACUCUGGGCGGUACAGAGACGGCCCCAUCACCUCUUUCCUACUCGCUUGCGGGCCUAGCAGGAUGCAACCAGGUGACGGGCGGGCUCGUGGCGCGGGACCUGGGAAUCAAGCUUGGGAAGUGGGAGGUCGAGGUGAAGGGGGAGUUGGACAGCGCGGUCCUGAUUAAGGGGUCCAAGGAGGGCCAUGGGAACUGGGAUAGCAUUGAGCUCAAGAUCAAGGUCGAGACGGACGCUGAUCCUGCCAAGUUUGAGCUCUUCCGCGACGAGACAGAGCGAAGAUGUCCCCUGAGCCAGCUCUUCAUCCGAAGUGGUGUGGCCUGGAAGAACGAAUGGGUCAAUGUGAAGCUGUGAGCACGGCACAGUUGGGCUGAUGUAUUCAACUGUGAUGGAUGGAACC